AUGUCGCCUCCUUCUGACAAAUUGCUGCCCAGCGUGCACACAAUCGAUCCGUACAGACUAUCCGACACUCGGCCCAUCUUCUCUCACGUCGCGACAUCGUCUGGACCUGCCCGCGUCGUUGCUACGGCGGGGCAAGUCGGGGCGGACGAGAAUGGCAAAGUCCCCAAGGACAUUGACGAGCAAAUCGCCCUGGCCAUGGCGAAUCUAAGCCGGUGUCUCGAGGCCGCAGGGGCAAAGGUCACGGACGUGUACAAACUCGUCUACUACAUUGUCGACUACGACCCGAACAACCGCCGACACACGAAACACGUCAAGGCGUUCUUGAAUGGUCAUCGACCGGCGACCACGCUGGUCCCCGUUCCCGCCCUCGCUUUCCCCGACUAUAAGUUCGAGAUCGAAGCGUAUGCCGCGGUCCGCCAGGAGCCAUUGCGGACGACGGAAGUGGUCAUCGUCGGGGCUGGUCUGUCCGGGCUCAAAGCAGCCUACAACCUCCAAAAGGCCGGUGUUUCUUGCGUCGUCGUCGAAGCCAGAGACCGCGUCGGCGGCAAGACGUGGUCGGUCGAUCCGCUGGGCCAGGGAAAGUUCCAGGAUGUCGGGGCCGCUUGGAUCAACGACACCAACCAGAGCGAGAUCUACGCGCUCGCAAAGUCUCUGGGGUUGGAAAUGGUGACACAGAGAACCGAGGGCAACAUCAUCCAGGAGGAUAUCGGCGGCGGCUUGGGGCUGUUCGAGUACGGUGGCACCCCCAAAGCCAUGGCAGAACCUAACGGAGUCGAGAGUCUGGUGUACGUACGUGAAUUGUUUGAGAAGUUGUGCCAGGAACUCGACAUCCGCGACCCCGUCGGGACCGGUGCGAAGUACGACAAGAUGACUCUGGAGGAGUGGUGCAAGAGCGUGACCGGGUCCGAAACGGCAUUGGCCUCGGUGAAGCUGUGGACGCGAGCCAUGUUGGGUCUUGAACCGGCCGAGAUGAGCGCUCUGUACUUCUUGAACUACUGCAAGAGUGGCGGCGGCCUUUUGCUGAUGAGAUCGGACUUCAAGCAUGGAGGACAGCAUCUGAGAUUCGUCAGGGGAACACAAUCGAUGUCCAUCGAACUGGCCAAGUUGCUCACACCCGGGUCUGUAGUUCUGGAUUCCCCGGUCCGCCGCAUUUUACAGACGCCCGAGGGCGUCUACGUGUCAGCUGGGCGAGGAGACUUCAAGUGUAAGCGGGUCAUUGUUUCCGUCCCAACGCCUCUGUACAAGGAAAUCACGUUCGAGCCACCUUUGCCCGAAGCCAAAGCCAAGCUCGGCGAGGGAAAUGUCCUCGGAUACACGCUGAAGGUCAUGGUGGCGUACUCGGAACCCUGGUGGCGCACGUCAGGACUCUCGGGUGCCGUCAUGUCGUUCAAGGGCCCGAUCACGACGUGUCGAGACUCCAGCAACGAUAAAUACGGCUCGUACACGCUCACCUGCUUCUCGAAUGGCGACUUUGGCCGAAAGAUGUCUGUUCUCACCAAAGAGGAGAGACACAAGGCUGUCUUGGACCAUCUCAAGAAAAUGUUUGGACCGUACGUUGACAGCGUGCCGGAACCUCUUGUGGUGACGGAACAUGAAUGGGCAAAGGACCAGUGGGCUCAGGGAUGCCCUUGUCCGGCUUCACCUCCUGGAAUCAUGACCAAGUAUGAUCAUGCCUUGAGGUCGACCCACGGCAAGGUUCACUUCAUUGGCACCGAGACGGCGUACGAGUGGAAGGGAUAUAUGGACGGCGCGGUACGGUCGGGAGACAGGGGUGCAGAGGAGGUGCUGGCUGCGAUGGGCAAGGCCAAGUUGUAG